CCCACACCACCCCACCCCACCCCACAACACACACACACACAAAAGAGCAGCAUAUACCUAUAAAGAAUCUCUCCUCCCUCUAUAAACACGACAUACUCUUCUCUCUCUCUCUCCUAUUCAAUUCCAACUGCUUUUCAAAAAUUUCUUCUCAUCUCCUUCACCUAAUUCCCAAUUUUAGUCUCAAACGCACGGAGCCAACGAUCAAAAUUGAAAAAGAUGGUAGUGGGCAUGAUGAAAUGGAGGCCAUGGCCACCGCUUUCAUCCAAGAAAUUUGAAACCAAGAUUAUCAUCCGUCAUCUCCAAGGUUUGCCUGAUAAUACUGCAAUCACCGACGAUGGUUCCCAAGAUCUUUCAAGAUUGGCUGUUGAAGUUAAGUGGAAAGGGUCAAAUAAGUCCAACAAUCCGCUUAGUUUUAAGCGAAGAAGUGUGAGGAGGAAUGUUACAAAGAAAGGAUCUUUGAAGGAUGAUGGAGUUAUCGAAUGGAAUGAAGAAUUUGUUACUAUUUGCAAUUUCUUGGGUUUAAAAGAUGGGGGUUUUCAUCAGUGGGAAGUUGCAUUCACGGUGUUCGAUGACUUAAAUCAAGAACCAAAAAAGGGGUACUCUUCUAUUGCAACUGGAUUGUUAGAUCUUGUGGAGUUUUCUUCUUCUGCUGAGCAAAAUGAGAUCGAUAUAAGCAUUCCACUUUCAAUGGGUAGUGGCAUAACAGAGGCUGGACCUAUACUUCAUGUAUCUCUAAGCCUACAAGAGCUGAGGAUUGCACACGAGAAUACAGAACAAGCACAAAGAUCCAUUAUACCUCUUCCAUUGACACCUCAAAAUGGAGAACUCUCGAUUACAGAGAAAGAGAAAAACGAGCCCAUGGGCCUGAAAGCGGGCCUUAAGAAAGUUAAAAUCUUCCGGGCUAUAUCCUCAGCUAAUCGGGCUAAAAAGCCAUGUCAUGAAGAAGAGGGUAGUAGCGAUGGAAAAAGCUCAGGUACAAGUUACGAUGCAGACUACCCGUUUGACACCGAUUCACUUGAAGGAGAUGAAGUCGACUCUGAAGAAGUCAAAGAUGCCGAAUCCACUGCUCGUAAGUCUUUCAGUUACGGAACCCUAGCCUAUGCAAAUCACGCUGGAGGAGGCUUAUCUUACUUCAAUUCAAGCUCUAGUGAAGAUGAAGACUGGAUAUACUACCGAAACUACAAAGAAAAAUCCGAGUAUCCGACUGAAUCCAUCAUCGAUCCUUUAGAAAAAGAAACCCUCCCAAAACGAAGCAUCAUCUUCCCAUGGAGGAAACGAAAGUUGAGUUUCCGGUCACCGAAAAUCAAAGGGGAGCCACUUUUGAAGAAAGAUUCCGGGGAAGAAGGCGGUGAUGACAUCGACUUUGAUCGCCGGAUGUUGAGUUCUUCAGACGAGUCAAGUUAUGGAGUGAAAAAGUCAAACGAAGACCAUUCCUCAAUCUCUGAAUUUGGAGACGAUAAUUUUGCAGUCGGGAAAUGGGAGAAGAAAGAGGUCGUGUCCCGAGACGGACACAUGAAACUUGAGACGCAAGUUUUCUUCGCGUCGAUUGAUCAAAGAAGCGAAAGAGCAGCAGGUGAAAGCGCGUGUACGGCUUUAGUCGCGGUUAUAGCCGAUUGGUUCCAAAAUAACCCGAAUGAAAUGCCGAUUAAAUCCCAAUUGGAUAGUUUGAUUCGAGACGGGUCGUUAGAGUGGAGGAAUCUUUGCGGGAAUGAAGUUUAUCGGGCCCGGUUUCCGGAUAAACAUUUUGACCUUGACACUGUUCUCCAAGCGAAGAUCCGGAAUCUUUCUGUUAACCCGGAGAAGUCGUUUAUCGGGUUUUUUCAACUUGAAGAGGGUGAAGGUGAUCUUCACUUUCUUGAUGGGGCUAUGUCGUUUGAUGGCAUAUGGGAUGAAAUUAGUAACAUUGAUGGCAUGAACAUGAACAUGAACCCGUUGGUGUAUAUCGUGAGCUGGAAUGACCACUUUUUUGUGUUGAAAGUUGAGCAUGAUGCGUAUUAUGUUAUUGACACGUUGGGGGAGAGGCUUUAUGAGGGUUGUGAUCAGGCGUAUGUGUUGAAGUUUGAUAAAGAUACGGUGAUUGAGAGAGUAGUAGUACAAGUUGAUGCUCAAAAGUCAAAUGAGAAGACGGAAGGAGAAAAGGUCGAUGAAUGUGAAAGUAAAAGUAGUGAAGACACUUCAAGUGUGGAGAAGAGCGAAAAAGAGUUCGUGUGCAAAGGGAAAGAGUCGUGUAAGGAGUAUAUAAAGAGCUUUUUGGCUGCAAUUCCCAUAAGGGAAUUGCAGACGGAUCUCAAGAAGGGGUUGAUGGCGUCAUCGACACCUCUUGUACAUCAUAGGCUGCAAAUUGAGUUUCAUCACACUGAGUGUUUGGUUGAAGCAAAGACAGAGACAAUGGCGAUUACAAUAUGA